UCAAAUCAAAUCCCAGCUAUUCCAUCCCACGAGGAAAUGAGGGGCACAUUAAUUUAAAAGUAAAACACACAAUUUGUCCCUUCCCUUAUAUAAUUACCCAAUCUGGUCAACUAAUUUUGCAGUCACAGUCAACCCAAUCAAAAAUGGGCUCUGAAUCUCAAUCUCCAACGCUAGACCUUCUCAAGGAACAAAUCCCAGUGAAACAACAACCUCUUCUUCUCUCCAACAACCUCAAAACCGGUCUCGUCCUCGUCGAUAUCCUUAACGGCUUCUGCACCGUCGGAUCUGGCAAUUUCGCGCCAAAAGAACCUGAUGAGGAAGUUAGAAAAAUGGUGGAAGAAUCUGUGAGGUUAUCCAAAGCUUUUGCUGAGAAGAAUUGGCCUAUUUUUGCUUAUAUGGAUUGUCAUCACCCUGAUAUUCCUGAACCUCCUUAUCCUCCUCACUGUCUUAUUGGUUCCGAGGAAACUAAAUUUGUUCCCGAACUAUUGUGGUUGGAAAACGAGCCGAAUGCGACGCUGAGGCGCAAAAACUGUAUUGACGGAUUCAUUGGUUCGUAUGAGAAAGAUGGGUCUAAUGUGUUUAUUGAUUGGGUGAAAAGUAAUGAGAUAAAACAAGUUUUGGUUUGUGGGAUAUGCACUGAUAUAUGUGUGCUGGAUUUUACCUGUUCGGCUUUGUCUGCGAGGAACCGCGGUUUCCUUUCUCCUCUGGAGAAUGUGAUUGUGGCCUCCAAAGCUUGUACUACUUAUGAUCUUCCACUGCAUGUGGCCAAAGCAGGCAAAGACCUGGUGUCCCAUCCACAGGCAUUUAUGCAUCAUGUUGCCCUUUACAUAGCAUGGGGAAGGGGAGCUCAGAUAGUAUCAGAUGUGUCAUUUGAAUAGUGGAAGCAGCAGCAUUAAGUGUUGGUAUAUAAAUAAAUGCUUAUGUUAUUAUCCUUAAAUAACAAGUUUGGCGUGGCAUUUAAGGAAUUCCUGUAUCUCAGGAGGGAAAAGUGUCUCUACAAGUUUGUUCGGUAUUCAUAAAAAUCUCCAGCAAACAGACACUUACGUCUUAUUAAUAAAUAAUGUUGUUGAAGUGUCGUUAUGCUAGUUGGUGUACUUGUACUUUGUCCUAGGUAUUUGGCUUGUUCUCAAUCUAUACUUGUGGCUUGUUUGGAGUAGUAUAUUUAAGUUUAUGCUUUUGUCAA